AUGGCUGCACAGACGCAGGCUGUGACCCCGCUGCAAUUCCUGCCCCUCUCGACGUCCAUCUCGCCGUCGUUCUGGCAUCGUCUCACAGACCUCAAACUGCACCAUCUCAAGCUCUCAGACGACCCGAUGCCGAUCUGCGGAUGGUUCGGCCGUGGCAAGCAGGUCAAGGACAGGGUCACGGGCGAGUCGGUCGCCAUCAGCGCUGGCUUGGAACUCGACACCGCCAGCUUCGACGCAGAGACCGAUGUGGGGGCAAGUAACACGACCGUCGUGAUUGACCGAGUACGACUGCGCGGCGUCCUGCGCAACUUCAACACGAUCGAAGAGUUCAAGAAUUGCGACAAGGCCAAGUUGCUCGACGAGCUGGGAGAGCAGAUCUGGCAACAAGCGACCUCGGCCUCCUCCUCCUCCGUCACGCUCGAAUCCCUCAACCCGUUCCUCCUGAUCACGUUUGCCGACCUGAAGAAGUACCGAUACUACUACUGGUGCGGCUUACCUGCGCUGGCGCAAAAGCCGGGAUGGGAGAUUGUCGCAGACUGGCGGGAAGUGUCGUUGCCAGGGACUUCGACCGCUCCUCUGCACCUUCUUCGCGGCGACGAGACAGAGACAGGCGCGCUGGCCGACGCUGCGGCGUUCUGGGCAAACACGCCCGCCGACGAGCGUCGAAUUGUUUUGAGCGAUCCCUCCGCCCACCCUUCAGCGCCCGGCUGGCCUCUCCGCAACGUCCUCCUCUUCCUUUCGAUAACACCCACCCUCACUCAGCCCAUAACUUCGCUCGCCAUCACGCUCGUUCGCGACGGUCAAGCGAUCUCGACACGCAUACGACGACAGGGAGGAGCGGAGACAAAGGAAGAGGCCAAAAGACCUGGGACGGUCGGAUGGGAGAAGAACGAGAAGGGGAAGCUAGGACCGAGGAUGGCGGAUCUCGGACCCUUGAUAGACCCGACUCGACUCGCCGACCAAGCCGUCGACCUGAACCUUCAGCUGAUGCGCUGGCGCGUCAUGCCGUCUCUCGACCUCGAGAAGGUCAAGAGCACGCGGUGUCUUCUACUCGGCGCCGGCACGCUCGGUUGCUACGUCGCGCGAACCUUGAUGGCUUGGGGGGUCCGCAAGAUCACCCUCAUCGACUCUUCGACCGUCUCCUUCUCGAAUCCAGUCCGACAGCCUUUGUUCGAAUUCGAAGACUCGCUCAACGGCGGCAAACCCAAGGCCCAGACUGCGGCAGCGGCGCUCAAGCGCAUCUACCCCGGCGUCGACGCGACGGGCAUCUCGCUCUCAAUCCCCAUGCCCGGCCACCCUAUCCCGCCCACUGCGCAGGACGCCGUUCGGCAAGACCUGGCGACCCUUGAGCGGCUAGUGGACGAACACGAUGUCGUCUAUUUGCUGAUGGACUCGCGGGAGAGUCGUUGGUUGCCGACCGUGAUCGGCGCGGCGAAGGGCAAGCUCGUCAUGAACGCCGCCCUCGGGUUCGACACCUUCCUCGUCAUGCGGCAUGGCCUUCCGACGGAAGAAUCGGCCGCUUCGACUCCCGCCGAGAUCGUCCCGGGUGCGCCGUACCGCGGUCAACUUGGCUGCUACUACUGCAACGACGUGGUCGCGCCGAUGGAUUCCCUGAGCGACCGCACACUCGACCAGAUGUGCACCGUCACUCGACCCGGCAUCGCGAGCAUCGCUAGCUCGACAGCCGUCGAACUCAUGGUCUCGAUCCUGCAGCAUCCGCAAGGCGCCCUCGCACCUUCCGACAUUACAGCGUCGAAAGCUUCUCCCGCCGCACCUUCAUCCGGCUUGCCCUCUCCCGCUUCGCCUCUCGGUGUGGUACCACACCAGAUUCGCGGAUUCCUCGCCAACUUUGAGAACCUCAAAAUCACGGGUCACACCUACGAGCGGUGUACUGGCUGCUCCAAGGCUAUCCUCGAGGCUUACCGCACCAACGCCUUCGACCUCGUCCGACAGUCUUGCGAGGACGCCAAGUACCUCGAGCGACUGACGGGGCUCGACAAGCUCGAGGAGGAAACGGAGGCGCUGCUGGCAGAAGGCCUCGAUUGGGAUGAGGAGGACGAGGAGGCGGAAUUGUGA